AAACCAGAGAGGCCUGAAGACGCCCUGAAGACACUGAAAAGUUGCAAUCCUGUAUUUGGAAUACACGUUAUGAACCCUUUCUGGAGCAUGUCUACAAGUUCUGUGCGCAAGAGACCUGAAGCUGAAGAGAAAACUUUGAGUGGAGAGCUGCGAACCAGUCCUCUACGAGCCUCUACAAAGAAACAGUUGCCUUCUAUUCCAAAGAAUGCUGUGCCAAUAACCAAGCCUGCUUCACCUGCCACGUCAUCCCAGUCAACAAAUGGAACACAUGCUUCUUAUGGGCCUUUUUAUUUGGAGUAUUCCCUCCUUGCAGAAUUUACCUUGGUUGUAAAGCAGAAAUUGCCAGGUGUCUACGUGCAGCCAUCUUACCGAUCAGCAUUAAUGUGGUUUGGUGUAAUUUUCAUAAGACAUGGGCUCUACCAGGAUGGUGUGUUUAAAUUUACUGUCUAUAUUCCUGAUAAUUACCCAGAUGGAGACUGCCCGCGCUUGGUUUUUGAUCUGCCUGUCUUCCAUCCGCUAGUAGAUCCUUUAUCUGGUGAACUGGAUGUGAAAAGAGCAUUUGCAAAAUGGAGGCGAAAUCAUAAUCACAUAUGGCAAGUAUUAAUGUAUGCUCGCAGAGUCUUCUACAAGAUUGAUACAAUUAGUCCUCUGAACCCUGAGGCUGCAGUGCUGUAUGAAAAAGAUAUUCAGCUGUUCAAAAGUAAAGUGGUGGACAGUGUCAAACUAUGCAGCAGUCAUUUAUUUGAUCAGCCUAAAAUAGAGGAUCCCUAUGCAAUCAUUUUUUCUCCGUGGAAUCCAGCUAUACAUGAUGAAGCUAGAGAGAAGAUGUUGACUCAGAAGAAGAAGCCAGAAGAUCAGCACUGCAAAAGCAUGCAUGUUUCUGGCCUGUCAUGGGUAAAGCCUGGCUCAGUUCAGCCUUUCAGCAAAGAAGAGAAGACGAUGCCUACUUAGCUCUUCUGGACCGUGGUGCACAAAACACUUUCUGUGGGUGGAGGGAAUGUAAUGGAGGGAGAAACAGCAAAGCAGCAGUUUCCUUCUUAAUUACGGAUUAGUAAAAACUGAAUGGUAGCAGUGACUCCAGUAAACCUGUUCAAUGGAUUACUGACUCUUAAUGUUUUACAUAUGCAUUAGGUUUUAAAGGCUUGCCUGGAGUUUGGAAGUCUCUCUUGAACACUGCAGUACUUCUACCUGAAGACUGUCUAGGGUGGGUAGUUCCUCAGGGCUCUGAAAUGCCUGGAGGUUUUGGGUUGGUUUUUAAGCUUUUAUUUUUUCCCUCCAGGAAUAGCAAUUUUUUAAAAAAUCUUAAAUUACUGGCAGAAAUAUUAGCAUUGGAAAUAUGAUGCCAGAGGUAAGCUGUGUUCAUGUAAACUAAUAUAGCAGAGUUAAACACUAUAUUUAAUGGUUUUAAAUACUUUGGUUUCUAUUGUAAAUAUAUUAGGAUUUGAAAUUGUAAAUAGAUGGUUCAUUGACUCCAUUUAGCACUUUCCAGAGGUAAAGCUGGGGAUGAUGUAUGAUGUAUUAUUGAUUUGUAAAUGGAUAUUGUCACUAAAGCGCACAUUAGUCUGACAGGGUGAAAGCAGAAUGUCAGGCUUGUUAAACUUUUAUUACAUAAACACUAAAAUCAAAGCUUUUAAUGGUGGUCUCUUGAGCUAAUAAAAUUGUAGAGGAGUUUAGAUUCCCUAAGUGUCUAGGGGAUUACUUAGGGUAGGUUGACUAAUGCGUGUUAAUAGUGACAUCUUAAAAUAAAAAGAAACCGUGAUCUAGCUUUG